CAUAUUGCAGCUUUAAAAGCUCUGAAGGAAUUGCGUGCGGAGGUUCUCAAUUUUUUCAAUGAAUUCUACAGAAAUGAGCGGACCAGUGAGGUUGCCACAGAUUCGAAAGAAAUGACUUUCAACAGGGCUACGGAAAUCUAUAAACAUCUGGAGCAGCUGGCUUACUCAGUCAACAUGAAGCCCUCGAACUCCUUGUUCUCGAGUGUUAUCACGUCUGUAUUUAAUAACGUCACACCAUUUGAUUACGGUCCAGCUGUCGGUGAGGAGGAUUUUCUCGUUUGUUCAGGCUUCGAAAAUGCCUCGCAGAUUUUUGCUUCUUAUUACAUUGACUGCAUAUCCGCGAUGGAUUACUAUAGAAUAAACCGCUAUUUUGCACCUCCACUAAAGCACUUGGAAACUCCGGAACAAGACAGCGCCAAGCUUAUGGCAAUGUUUGAUGAGCUGAAGUCUAGCAAAGGGUUAUUGCAGCGAAACAUUAAAGUAACUUCAGUUGUUCGCAUACCUUUUCGAGAGAUAGUUGUUGAGGCUAAAAUAGGAGCUGUGCAAGAUGAGCAUUUUGUACCACAGAUGAAGUUAAACUUGGUAUUUCUUAACGCUGAACUUGCUGUAGUUCGUAUUGGAGCUCCAAAGGAAACACUGUGGUCUGAGGAGAACGAUUGUCACUCGAAGUAUGAGGUGUUCAAGAAGAUGAGUCGUUCUGCAGCGCAUUGUUUGCUUGGGAAAUAUAACUUGAAAAAAAUUCCGAACUUGUCUGUUUUUAUUUCUAUCCUCUCUUUUGUUCAACUUUUUACAACUUGCUUUACAUCGCCAUGUCACGUUUGUCAAAAGUCUAUGCGUGACUUUCUCCCACCGGUUCUUCUCAAAGAAUAUCGUCCUGUACCGAUAUUUGUCCACGAGGAUUGUGGCUACAGUUGA